GGACACACCUUCGUAGACCGCGUCUUUCGAAGGAUGCAGCCCCUGAAUUGGGACACACUGAUGGUCACUGUGUGGAUGAACUGCAGAGUUAGUACAGUAGAUGGCGGUAUCCUGUGGAUUGAAGGAGCGGGGUUAAGAGCAGAAGAAGAGAAGGCCCGCGUUGUUGUGUGCUUUGUGGAUUGUGGAUUUUGGCUGUGUUUUGGGAGAAGAUGGCAGCAGUAGAGAAUGCUCCGGAUUAUCAGUCAGAGAACUCCACAGAAAUCUCUCCUCUGAAGAUCCGGCAGCUCCUACGCGAGGGCUUUGCUUCAGAGGACGAUGUGUUAAACCGUUCUGCUCUGCUGUCCAACUCCCUACCUUCCAGUUUUGUCAGUGAUGUUUCGUCUGAGGCUACAAACCAAGAUGCUUUUUUUGACCGAGUGGAAUCAUAUUCAUGUUUGAAAUGGACUGGGAAGCCCUCUUCUCUCUCCCCGCUGAGAUGUGCUCAGUAUGGAUGGAUUAAUGUAGACUGUGAUAUUCUGAAAUGUUCCAGUUGUCAGGCGUUUCUUUGUGCAUCUAUUCAGCCAACCCUGGACUUCCAAAAAUAUGAAGGACGGAUUUUGGAGUUGACAAAGCAACUUCAAACCCAGCAUGAAAAAUUCUGUACAUGGCCUGAUUUUCCAUGCCCUGAACGUUUCUGUAUGGUUCCAGUUGAUGAGCCUGAAAAGCUGCUUGGUUCCUUCACUCAACGUUUCCAAAAUGCUUGUCGUCUUCAUCAGCAGCUACCUACUGUGAAGCCAGAGCAGCUCACAUCCAUGAGUCCUACCAUCUAUAACUGUGGGGUGGAUAACCCAGUUGGUUUCUGCUCCUCUACCAAGAAGACAGGAGGAAGUUCAAAUCUGGGACUGACUGAAGAUGUGGUCAGCAGCCUGUUGCAGUUGAUUGACGAUGAGCAAAAAUUAUGGAAUGACUCCUCAGAUUCACCAAACAUACAGAUGGCUGCUUGUGUUGUGGCCCUCUGUGGCUGGGAAGCAAGCUCAGGUCCGUUUGCAGUAAAUCUUCCAAUGCUCAACUGUACAUUCUGCAUGAGGAAAGUAGGAUUGUGGAACUUCCAACAGUUGGAGGCUGCUUCUAGUGUUGGAGACAACUCUUCAUACUCCCAGUGUACCACUUUGUUUCCAGAGGGGCGUGUCGGGGAGAGACCAACAACUACCUCCCCCCCACAGUCGCCAACUCCAUGUCGCAUGAAGCUUCGCAGUCAGGACAACUCGCGCACAGAGCAGUCUGAGAAUACAUCAUCCCUUCCUCGCACCAGGAGCAGAGAUUCCCCCAGCCCUAAUGAGGAGGUAGCAAGAGGCAAAAGACCUUUAACCCGCAGCAGAGGCCAUGGAGACAAUCUGAUGGCUGACAUGCCCUCCAGCCCUCAAAGAAAAACAAAGCGUCCAUGCCUCUCCUCUUCCAGUGGUCUUGAAGGACCUUUGCAGCGAAACUUGUUUGACCCAGUUGCCCAGCACAGAAACUGGUGUCCUUGGGUAAACAUUUCAUGUGAACAAUUAGGUCUGGAUAGGUUCCGGACUGUGGGCUGUGAGAUGGAGCAUCUUCAUUCUGGCUGGAAAGCUACUCUUGGACUUCUCCUGACCAAGGAAAAGAGCAUUAGCCCAGGUCCUGUGGAUAAGUCGAAAAGGGUGCUUGCCAUUUUCCAAAAGUAGCUGUCCAGUUGGUUUCCUCAUAAGAAAUGUGAUAAAAAUUGGCCAUAGGCCAGACUGUGAUCUUUUCUUAGUAAUAAACAUAUUAAUACUGA